UUGCUUUUUGGUUUUUGUGUUUAUUAGGGUUUUCUUUUCUUUUCUUUUCUUUUGUUUUUACUUUUCAAUGGUCUUUAAUUUCUUUGAAAUUUUGUUCCCUUUCUUUAAAAGAUGUCUGGCUUUUUAGAGAUCAACUCCUAAUACCUUUUUAUUACUCUCUUGCUCGAUCCAUACGUUAGAAAGGAUUAAUUACUGUAAUUGAAGCUCACAUCAUGGACCAUCAUCAGUAUCAUCAUCAUGAUCAAUACCAACAUCAGAUGAUGACUAGUACUAACAAUAAUUCCUAUAACACCAUCGUCACAACACAACCACCACCAACAACAACAACAAUGGAUUCAACAACAGCAACAACUAUGAUAAUGGAUGACGAGAAGAAGUUGAUGACGACAAUGAGCACUAGGCCGCAAGAACCAAGAAACUGUCCAAGAUGCAACUCAAGCAACACCAAGUUUUGUUAUUACAACAACUACAGCUUAGCACAGCCUAGGUACUUGUGUAAGUCUUGUCGGAGAUAUUGGACUGAAGGUGGCUCUCUCCGUAACGUCCCCGUAGGCGGAGGUUCUAGAAAGAACAAGAAGCUUCCAUUUCCUAAUUCCUCUACUUCUUCUUCCACCAAGAACCUCCCGGAUCUCAACCCUCCUUUCGUCUUCACAUCAUCAGCUUCAUCAUCAAACCCUAGCAAGACGCAUCAAAACAAUAAUGACCUCAGCCUAUCCUUCUCCUCCCCUAUGCAAGACAAGCGAGCUCAAGGGCAUUACGGUCAUUUCAGUGAGCAAGUUGUGACAGGAGGGCAGAACUGUCUUUUCCAAGCUCCUAUGGGAAUGAUUCAGUUUCGUCAAGAGUAUGAUCAUGAGCACCCCAAAAAGAAUCUUGGGUUUUCAUUAGACAGGAACGAGGAAGAGAUUGGUAAUCAUGAUAACUUCGUUGUUAAUGAGGAAGGAAGUAAGAUGAUGUAUCCUUAUGGAGAUCAUGAAGACCGUCAACAACAUCACCAUGUGAGACACGAUGAUGGUAAUAAGAAGAGAGAAGGUGGUUCAAGCAAUGAGCUAUGGAGCGGAAUCAUCCUAGGUGGUGAUAGUGGUGGACCAACAUGGUGAUAUGAAUAUUGUCAAAAAGGACAAGAUGAUAAAGACAAAAACAAAUAGUUACGAGCAAAAAUAUGUGAUUAUAUUUGGAAUUUUCAGACCCGGAAGAGUCGCCUUGGGAGGAGCAUGAUGAUUCUUCUUUCCACUUUCUAUAAAUUCCUCUGUUCACUUUUCUUUGUCUUUUGUCUAAUGGAGCCACUUAUUUGGCUUUUAGUUUGCUUCUUUAGGACCUUUUUAAGUUUUAACACAUAAAUGUCUAGCCCCUAUUAUUCUAUGUAUAUAUAGUCUUAUAUCAUAUCAUAGUUUUGGUUGAUAGAGAUGAAUUAAUUAGGUUUACAAAUAAAGUACUUUUGCGGUGUUUCACGUUAAUAAG